GACUUUGAGGAACUUUGGGUGACAAUGCAUCCAGUUGGGAGCGGGCUUGGAGCCCAUUUAUUCGAUUCAGGAUCGAUUGAAUGGUCUCAGCCCACGAUACUACCUGCCCGAAUGUCAAGGGCGUUGGUUCUCGGCGAAAGUUUCGACCUGAGGUCAUCGCCAACGCAUGUGUUGGCCCGGAACCGAAUAUGGGGUAUUUAAGCGCAUCCAGCCAACUGGUCUGCCAUUGAUUAACCGUCCACCCUAGAGGUGCUGCAGCCCGGGGCUUUGACAGUUUUGCGGAGCGAUAUAGUAAGUUGGAGGGCUACGGCAGAUGACUUAGAUUGACCCUUCCACCGGGCACCAUGGUGUUUGGUUUCCUUGGUGGAAUUCUAAUUGGAAUUAUGCAACACGUAGCAUACGGUCCUGUGCUGUCUUGUCACUGGGCCUAUCAAGGGCAGGUUGUGUUGCAUCGGGGCCUAGCGACCGGUUUACCUUCCCCAACUGUGAACCAACCACUAGUGAACUUGAGAGGGUCCUUUCCGGCUGAAGUCGCGGCAAAACUGCUAGCUUCAUUAAACCGGCCAAGCAAGAUCAACGCCUGUUCCUGGAAGCGGGGUGCAUCACCUGAUUGUUUGAUUGUUUUCCAGGUGGUCGAAGGAAUUGUCUUGUUCCAGAAGGAAAAGCUUAGCUGAGGAAGCUGGGGUCACUCUGCAUUGUGUGGACAGGCGCGAACUUGGCCGUUUGACUGCAACACGGACACAGAGAAUUGCAC